UUUUUUAAGUUCUAUUUUCCUUAAAAACCAAUAAUAAAAUAAAUGUCUUCCUGUUGCCCUUCUUUUUCCAGUUGGAUCCGUUGCUUGACUGUUUUUGCCUAUUUUAUACUUGUUUCUUCGCCUGCUUUUUUGUUCAGUUUUUAUUAUACACAAAUUUGGGAUCCUACUUAUAUUAAUGAGAAAAUUUAUACUCGCUUCGAUAAUGGAACUUUGGUACUUAAACAAGGAAUAAUUGGAACUUUUGGAUGGACUGGACAGAGGAAUGGGUCUAAUGUUCGGAAAGGUAUAUCUUGGUCAUUUUAA